AUGUUGCUCCAAGCUAAUACUCCAAUGCUCUCCGUCUUCGUAAUACUCUGUCUCACCUUCAUCAGUUCAAGAUGUGACGACCAGUCGAAUCAGCGUGGCGAAAUUCCGCGUAGCGCAAACCAGAUCAAAAUGGCAGUUCAACCUCAGUGCGGCACCUUAUCUUCAGAUAAGUUCGUCAACUUUAACACGGGCAUUAACCUCGAUCAGAUCAAAACUAUCUACAGCUUCGGGGACAGCUGGACCUCAAACGGAAAUUAUAAAGGUGGUGUUCCCCAACCGGCAGUCCCCAAAGGUACUGAACCGCAUUAUGGAGGACGUGCAUGCAAUGGCCCCAUGUGGACAGAAGAUUUAGCUUCCGGUGGCAAAACACUCAAGAGCUAUGCUGUCGGGGGGGCUACUAUCGACCGCACUGUGUGGAAGGCACGAGCAACAAAGACCGACAUGGUUGGCCAUGUUGACACGUUCCUCAGUCAAAAGAUAACUGUAGAACCUGAAUCGAGUUUGGCCACCAUAUUUUACGGUCUCAAUGAUUACUCAGCGUCUCUCCAAGGGCCGGGAAGCUUUGAAGAAGCGGUCAAACAGCUUUUCAAUCAGACAGAGCGAUUGAUAAGUGCUGGAUUGACGCAGUUCAUUGUUGUUUCACCUCCUUACACCCACGAGAUAGUUAAACAGUUCGACAGCUCAAUAUGGAACGGUUUCAAAAAGCUCAAAGAAUCAAAAAAUAUUGAAUUCGCAUACGUUGACUUAGUAGCCCUGUUUGAUGCCAUUCAUGCCGAUCUAAACUCAUUCGGAUAUAAAUCGGACCAGGCGUGUCUAAAGUCUCCAGACACAACGGUCGGGGGAUGUGAAAAUCCAAACGAAUAUUUGUAUUGGAUUCCAUCUCAUCCACAGUACCAGACACAACAAUUAAUGGCUGAUUGGGUUCGCACCGUGUUGGAAAAAUGCCACCAACCAAACAGCAACAGAAGAAAACGUGCGAAUUCUUCCAAGUUACAUUUGUGA